UAAAUAUAAACAUGUUUGUUCGUUUCUGUUACUACCUUUUAACUCUGUUUGUCACGUUUAACUCAGAAGUCAGGAGGAUAACCGCACUGCUGUCUCUUAGGUGGAAAUACAGUUCCUCAUCAUGACAUUCCUGUCCCCUCAAGAUCUCUGCGGACUGGGAGGCACCAGUCGGUAUUGGCGAGUACGGAUUCGACACCCUUCUCUUUGGAAAUAUUUUCUGUUGCGGGAUCUGCCUCUGUGGUCAUCAAUUGAUCACCUUUCAAUGCCUGACAUGGAGAGUCUCGAGAAAGCUCUGUGGGAGAGCUCGGAUUCAGAAAGCCGAGAUUUUAUGGCUGAUUACCUCAGGGCUUCCCCAGCGUGCCGUGGCCUGUGGCAUCAGUCAAGGCCAGCAUAUGAAACAGUGACCUCCUUCCUGAAGUCCAUGGUGAUGACGGCUGGACCUCGCUUUGCCAUGUUUGGACCUGGAAUGGAACAACUCGAUAUUUCAUGGGUGACAACCAUAAUGGACUCCCCCAACAUCCUUACAGUCACAGGGGUGACCCAAAGACAAAUCAAUGUUGUCUUGUGUAGUUGUAUGUACAGUGGCCAGCACAAGUUCAACAUAUUGACACUUUAUUCAACUGACAGGUCAGAGAGGGAGAGCUUUCGUUUAGAUGAAGAAUCAGGGAGGCCUGUGUUUAGCCUCACUCCCAACAUUCAGGAAGCGUGCCAAGCUGUGAACGGAUUCAUCUUUGUGGUGAAUGCAGAGCGAGGAAGAGAAUCCGAUGAAGCGAUGGAGAAGGAGUUUGCUCAGAUCACGGCCAUGCUGGAGCCUGUGUGGGGCCCCUCCUCUCGGCCCCUGCUAGUGUUGUCCUGCACGUCCCGAGAGGGGCCAGAGUGUCCCCGUGUCCCCUGCCUAAAAACAGCCCAGCGGCUGAAGCUCAGCCUCUUGCCAAACCCCUGGAUGGUGCAGGACACAGUGGCAGAGUCACUGCCAGGCUUUCUGGAUGGUAUUCUGUGGUUACUCAGACAGACUGGAAUGAGAAUCUAGCCCUGGAGAGACCUAGUUUAUAUAACUGCAGUAAGACGUCGUUAAGGCUGACAAGAGACUUUGACAACAGUGACAUUAAGACGCUGACAGUGGUGACUCCUGUAAAUGCGCAGACUCCUGUGAACGACGAGUCUCGAUCAGCAAAUGAAAAUGAGACACACACCCACGGACGGGGGCUGGGGAAGCCAUUUCAUGACGUAGAGAAGUCCCAAAUGGUUGACUCCACCUCAGCAUUGGCAGGUUGUAAUGAGCCAUUUUUAUAAAAUGCAGAUGGUUCAAUGGUGAUUUUGUCAGUAUUAACACCAGCAUUGAUAUGUUUCAUAGAAUUGUCUCAAGGCGCUUUACAGAGCCCAGUGCCUGGACCCCCUUAGAGCAAGCACAAUGGCGAUCA